CUGAAAUAAGUAAAAGGAAGCAACGUUUUUUUUUGUUAGUUUGCUCUCAUGGUCCAAGUGCGUUAUUGUGGGUCACAAAAGGCACUUUAUAAACUAGCAGUUCUGACAUGACGUCCGAAGCUUCGAACUCCAUUACUCAUGUGGUAUCGUUACUUUGAAAUUAGCCUCUGCAUAGUGUGUAAUGGUUCCUAACAUUAUUUAGUUCGUAUACAUCCGAUUGAAUUUCGCAAUACAAUAGAUUAACAGUAAUCUAGUAGAUUAACCUGUCCGUAUUUGAAAAUACGUAGACAUAGUUCCAAAACAAAUGUAAUCACCAUUAAUAAAAGUUAUUCUGCACUCAGAGUGCAAUCUUUUUUGUAAGGUCGAUAUUUGCAAAAGUGAAAUGAGAUUGAGUUUGCCUCCUAGCUCCUCAAAAUAGACACCAUUACUUAUUUUCUGUGUGGAGCACCAGGUGCCAGCUACACUUAUUUUUCAUAUAUUUUAGUAUUAUUUUAAAUUUCUUUUUUGAAAAUGUUUGUAUGAAGUGAAAAUUCAAAUUGAUAAAUUCCAUCAAAUUAACCCUUCUUAAUUUACAAGCAUUGCAAAUAACGUACCACAGGUUUAGGCCAAACAUCUCAUAAAUUGUUACUGCUGUAAUUGCAAGACCUCUCGGGGGUUGGUAUAUUUCCAGUAUACCCUGUCUAAGCGCUGAUCAAUGAGCCCAGAACAGGUCUUAGCCUUGGAAUAUUGGCUCUACAACACACCUCCUACUGCGUUGUUGCUUAUGUAAAGCUCGUUGAGACCAGACCCUCCCACUAGUCUGAUGAUAAAACCGUUUUUAUAUCUAUAUCCUUUUUAUAAAGUAUACUAUACAAAAACGCAAGAAAGUAAGCCUUACAUAAACCGUGACUUCAACAGAUAUCAUGUAACCCCAACAUGACUCUUAUGUAGCUCUAGGUUUUGCAUUGAAAACAAUAACACGCCAGGCAAACGUGACGGGGUGGAGACACGAGCCUACGGGUGGAGACUACACGUGCUAAAUAACCAAUCAACGGAGUAGAAGACUGCCGUUUCGCAACCAAUGAGUGACCAAAAGCUAAGGAGCGGAUAAUGUCCAGUGUUGUUGAAUGUGCUAACACACCUCGAUUGAACUAAGUACAGUGGUUGAGAAGAGUUUUGCCACAAAUAUGGGAAUAUUAGUGCUAUAAGUAAAAAAAAAAAAAACGUGGGAAUUUAUUCUAAUCAUGGUGGUGAAUUCUAUCCAUUGGUUUCGCAAAGGUUUGAGACUACAUGACAAUCCAGCGUUGCAGGAAGCAUUGGACGGUGCUGACACCGUGCGUUGUGUUUAUAUUUUGGACCCGUUGUUUGCUGGUUCUGCUAAUGUUGGAAUCAAUCGAUGGAGAUUUCUACUGGAAGCGUUAGAGGACCUUGAUUCAAGCCUUCGGAAACUUAACUUGAGGCUGUUCGUAGUACGAGGCCAGCCCACUGAUGUCUUUCCACGACUUUUUAAGGAGUGGAACGUGACCCGGGUGACCUUCGAGUAUGACCCAGAGCCCUACGGAAAGAAACGUGACGCCGCAAUCCUGAAGAUGGCACAGGACUUUGGUGUGGAGACAUGGGUCAGGAACUCCCACACGCUCUACGAACCUGCCAGGAUCGUUGAGUUGAACAACAAUACACCCCCACUGACUUUCAAGCGCUUCCAGGCCAUCAUCCAGCGGCUGGAGCUGCCGAAGAAACCCAUCCUCCCCGUCACCCGGCGACAGACAGACUGCUGUAAGACAGAUGUCACGGCCAAUCACGACAAGCGUUACGGAGUGCCCUCCCUCGAGGAACUAGGUUUCAAGACUCAUGGCUUGAGUCCUGCCGUGUGGAGAGGUGGAGAGAGUGAGGCACUGAAGAGACUGAACAGUCACAUGGACAGGAAGGGCUGGAUGGCAAACUUUGAGCAUCCGAAGAUCAGUGCGGCUUCCCUCAUGUCCAGCCCCACAGGCCUGAGUCCUUACCUAAGUUUCGGUUGCCUGUCCUGCAGAACACUCUACUACAGACUCCGAGAUCUAUACAUGACGGCACGCAGGCGCUGCAGUCCACCGCUCUCGCUGUUCGCCCAGCUGCUAUGGCGGGAGUUCUUCUACACGGCUGCAACCGACAACCCCACGUUUGACCGGAUGGAGGGAAACCCCAUCUGUGUGCAGAUCCCCUGGGACCACAACCCCGACGCGCUGGCCAAGUGGGCCAAAGGACAAACGGGCUUCCCUUGGAUUGACGCCAUCAUGACCCAGCUGAGGCAGGAGGGCUGGAUCCACCACCUGGCCCGGCACGCCGUGGCCUGCUUCCUCACCCGGGGGGACCUGUGGAUCAGCUGGGAAAGCGGCAUGCAGGUGUUCGAGGAGCUGCUCCUGGAUGCGGACUGGAGUGUGAACGCCGGCAGCUGGAUGUGGCUGUCCUGCAGCGCCUUCUUCCAGCAGUUCUUCCACUGCUACUGUCCCGUGGGCUUCGGCCGGAGGACAGACCCCGGCGGAGACUACAUCAGGAGGUACGUCCCCAGACUGAGAGGAUACCCGGACCGCUACAUCCACCAGCCCUGGGCGGCUCCUGAGUCAGUGCAGGAGGCAGCGGGGUGUCUGGUCGGGGUGGACUACCCCAGGCCCAUGGUCAACCACGCACAGAGCAGCCGGCUCAACAUAGAGAGGAUGAAGCAGGUCUACAAGAGUCUGUCCGGCUACAAGGGAAUCUGCUUACUUGGUCCUGUCUCCACAAUCCAGGAGGAGGUGGAGUCCGUAGGGAUGACUGACAGCUCCCGGACACAGGGCAGCGUCAGCGAGUCACGCUCGUCCUCCCACUCUGGACGGACUGUGCCAGAAGACUGUGUGACCCCAUGCCCCUCGCUGCAGAGAAAGAGGAACCACGAUCGGCUGGAGCUAACAGAGUGUGGCACCCAGGCCAAGGUUCACCGCUGCGCUUCAGCCUAUAUAGAGAGCUCCGACAGCCACCCGCAGUAACUGGUCCAUCAACUGUCCGUAGAAGACAUGGAGGCCUGUGAAAUUAAACAACAACCAAUACAGGAAAAUGAACUGCAGUUCAGCCGGAUCUGCAGAAAUGGCAAAACAAAAUUGUCUAGAACUUGUUGCCCUGUGUAUAGGACACAAACCCGGAAUCAAGACUUCCCCGCUAUGCUCCACAUCAAGCUCAGUACACGCCAAGACAUCCUGCCGUAUUUAGUCAGUUACCGUUUUAUUUUAGUAGGACUGUGAUUUGUUCACUCUGUAUUUGUCUGUGUCUCUGGUUGCAAUGUUUCUGGAAAAGCUGGGAGUUUUGAGAAAGUUACUGUAAUUUUGCCACUACUGUGUGGUUUUCAUUUUAUGUGGUUUAGGACUAGGGUAAAAAUCCCUCUGCAGUUGAUUAUCGUAGUUACACAACAUAUGAAGGGACUGCUAAUGGUAACAUAAUUUUGAGUGCCUCAGUUUAAAUCUUGUUUUUUUUCUUCACCUUGUUUGUGUGAAUAACUCCCAUUUACCUACUGUGUAGUGUGAUUUUUGUUUAAGCGCUGGGCUACACUGUUGGAAUUGGACAGUCGUCCAAAGAUGUAAAAUGUAAUUGGUACUGCAGACUGAGGUAUUCACAAGGCAUUGUGCUGCCUAAAGCUCACCACAGAGUUAUGGCCGUUCCCUUCAAAUCAAUCAAUCAGAUGUAUUUAUAAAGCCCUUUUUACAUCAGCAGUUGUCACAAAGUGCUUUUACAAAACACCCAGCCUUAAGUCCCAAGGAGCAAACAACAGUAUUUUUGAAUUUCAGGGGCUAGGAAAAACCCCCUAAGAAGGCUGAAAUUUAGGAAGAAACCUAGAGAGGACCCAGGCUCAGAGGGGUGACCAGUCCUCUUCUGGCUGUGCCGGGUGAGUCCAGAG